UUAUCCCACCUGCAUGGAUUAUGUUGUUCUGCUUAUUAUUUGAGUCAGUUUUAGAAAAUUUCCCAAUUCGUGCCCAGGGCACGCCCAUUAGCAGCAUGGAAAGUGAUGAGUGAAGGUGUUGCACGUUGCUGCUCUUUUGGUAUGUGGGUCACCGUGGCAACAUUAAGAUUCACUUAUUGGACGCCAUUUGUUUCCAGUGUGUGGCAUCACUCCCCUGAACACCAGGAUAGUUGGAGGUGAAGAUGCUCCAGCUGGAAGUUGGCCAUGGCAGGUUAGCCUGCAGAGAUUUGGUAGCCAUGUUUGUGGCGGUUCCCUCAUCAACAGAGAGUGGGUGAUGACUGCUGCUCACUGUUUCUUCAGGUGGGUAACUGUACAAUUUCAGUGUCUCACAAUAUGGUUUGGCUUUUAGUCCUUGUUUUUCCUAAAAGCAAUACGUCCUGUCAUUUUGACCACAGUACAAGUCCGUCUGGAUGGCAGGUUUCUCUCGGCCGUGAGAACCUGCAGGGCAGGAACCCAAACGAAGUGUCCAGAAGUGUUUCCAGAAUCAUUUUGCAUCCAAACUAUGACAGCGACACCAGCAACAACGACAUCGCUCUGCUCAGACUCUCCUCACCAGUCACAUUCACAGACUACAUCAGACCUGUGUGUCUGGCGGCCAGUGACAGCGUGUUCAACAACGGGACCGAUAGCUGGGUCACUGGCUGGGGAGCAGUGAGGGAGGGAGUGCCAUUAUCAUUCCCUCAAACUCUGCAAGAGGUGGAGGUGCCGGUUCUGGGAAACAGACAGUGUAACUGUCUCAAUGGAGUGGGCACAGUCACCAACAACAUGAUCUGUGCUGGUGUUCUGGCUGGAGGAAAAGACUCGUGUCAGGGUGACUCCGGAGGUCCAAUGGUCAGCAAACAGGGCUCCGUCUGGAUCCAGUCUGGAAUCGUUAGUUUUGGUUUUGGUUGCGCUCGACCCAAUCUUCCAGGAGUCUACUCCAGAGUGUCCAGUUACCAGUCGUGGAUCAACUCCCAGAUCCCCUCUGAUAGGCCGGGCUUUGUCCAGUUCACCUCCAGCGGGCUGGAUGCUGACAGCAGCUACACCUGUCCUGGUCUGCCACCUCCUCUUAUUACUACUACUGUUACUGCAAGACCAGAUGUUACGACCACAACUUUACCAUCCACUGUUUCAAGUGCUGAAUUGUGUGGCAUCACUCCCCUGAACACCAGGAUAGUUGGAGGUGAAGAUGCUCCAGCUGGAAGUUGGCCAUGGCAGGUUAGCCUGCAGAGAUUUGGUAGCCAUGUUUGUGGCGGUUCCCUCAUCAACAGAGAGUGGGUGAUGACUGCUGCUCACUGUUUCUUCAGUACAAGUCCGUCUGGAUGGCAGGUUUCUCUCGGCCGUGAGAACCUGCAGGGCAAGAACCCAAACGAAGUGUCCAGAAGUGUUUCCAGAAUCAUUUUGCAUCCAAACUAUGACAGCGACACCAGCAACAACGACAUCGCUCUGCUCAGACUCUCCUCACCAGUCACAUUCACAGACUACAUCAGACCUGUGUGUCUGGCGGCCAGUGACAGCGUGUUCAACAACGGGACCGAUAGCUGGGUCACUGGCUGGGGAGCAGUGAGGGAGGGAGUGCCAUUAUCAUUCCCUCAAACUCUGCAAGAGGUGGAGGUGCCGGUUCUGGGAAACAGACAGUGUAACUGUCUCAAUGGAGUGGGCACAGUCACCAACAACAUGAUCUGUGCUGGUGUUCUGGCUGGAGGAAAAGACUCGUGUCAGGGUGACUCCGGAGGUCCAAUGGUCAGCAAACAGGGCUCCGUCUGGAUCCAGUCUGGAAUCGUUAGUUUUGGUUUUGGUUGCGCCCGACCCAAUCUUCCAGGAGUCUACUCCAGAGUGUCCAGUUACCAGUCGUGGAUCAACUCCCAGAUCCCCUCUGAUAGGCCGGGCUUUGUCCAGUUCACUUCCAGCGGGCUGGAUGCCGACAGCAGCUACACCUGUCCUGGUCUGCCACCUCCUCUUAUUACUACUACUGUUACUGCAAGACCAGAUGUUACGACCACAACUUUACCAUCCACUGUUUCAAGUGCUGAAUUGUGUGGCAUCACUCCCCUGAACACCAGGAUAGUUGGAGGUGAAGAUGCUCCAGCUGGAAGUUGGCCUUGGCAGGUUAGCCUGCAGAGAUUUGGUAGCCAUGUUUGUGGCGGUUCCCUCAUCAACAGAGAGUGGGUGAUGACUGCUGCUCACUGUUUCUUCAGUACAAGUCCGUCUGGAUGGCAGGUUUCUCUCGGCCGUGAGAACCUGCAGGGCAGGAACCCAAACGAAGUGUCCAGAAGUGUUUCCAGAAUCAUUUUGCAUCCAAACUAUGACAGCGACACCAGCAACAACGACAUCGCUCUGCUCAGACUCUCCUCACCAGUCACAUUCACAGACUACAUCAGACCUGUGUGUCUGGCGGCCAGUGACAGCGUGUUCAACAACAGGACCGAUAGCUGGGUCACUGGCUGGGGAGCAGUGAGGGAGGGAGUGCCAUUAUCAUUCCCUCAAACUCUGCAAGAAGUGGAGGUGCCGGUUCUGGGAAACAGACAGUGUAACUGUCUCAAUGGAGUGGGCACAGUCACCAACAACAUGAUCUGUGCUGGUGUUCUGGCUGGAGGAAAAGACUCGUGUCAGGGUGACUCCGGAGGUCCAAUGGUCAGCAAACAGGGCUCCGUCUGGAUCCAGUCUGGAAUCGUUAGUUUUGGUUUUGGUUGCGCUCGACCCAAUCUUCCAGGAGUCUACUCCAGAGUGUCCAGUUACCAGUCGUGGAUCAACUCCCAGAUCCCCUCUGAUAGGCCGGGCUUUGUCCAGUUCACCUCCAGCGGGCUGGAUGCUGACAGCAGCUACACCUGUCCUGGUCUGCCACCUCAUUCAACAACUCCACAACCAAGUCUCACUACCACUACUCCCAGUACUACUACUACUACUACUACCACCACUACUCAACUUAUAACAAGUCCUUCAAGAUCUGUGUGUGGCCAAGCUCCCAUGAACAGUCGAGAUGUAGGUGAACAGGGUGUGGUACCAGGAGGGACGUGGCCCUGGAUGGUUAGUCUCCACAAGAAUGGGUUUUACGCUUGUGGAGGAACCCUCAUCUCAGACAAGUUUAUCCUCACAUCUGCCCGAUGCUUUUCUACCCCCAGUCCAGAUGUCCGUGAAUGGAGUGUCUUUUUGGGCCAGAAUCGUGUGAAUGGCGCUGAAGUGUUUGAGAUGUCUCUGAGUGUUGUUAAGAUUACAGUGAGCAAAAGUCCAGGUGCCAACAUUGCGCUGUUGCAGCUGAAUAAACCAGUCACCUUCAGAGAUUACAUCCAGCCUGUUUGUAUGGACAUUAGCAAUUCCAGAUCCUUCCCCACUGGAACUCAAUGCUGGGUGGCAGGCUGGGACAAGAGCAGGGGCUCUAAUAAAGCUGGCUCAGGUCUUCGGGACCUUGAAACUCAAGUGGCAGAUUGUGAGAAUGUCUCUGAUUCUGACAAUGUUUGCACUUAUACCAUGGACCUUCAUCUGGGGGACGAAGGCAGCCCUCUGCUGUGCAAAUCAGACUCAUCUUGGUUCCAGGUUGCCGUUGUAACAAUGAGUAGAAGCAAAUCAGUCCGCGCUGACGUGCAGGUCUUUGCCAAAACUUCAAGAUUCGGGUCCUUCUUGAAAGAGACAGUUGGUGACAUGCCAUCUCCUGUGACUGCUACAUCAGGAAAUGCACCAAGUUUUGCAAUAUCCUUAUAUGUCUUUUUCACUCUCCCCAUUACCUCACUGUUUCUUUUGUCAUAAUGUUAAAUAUAUCACCGGUGGGGCAGUUGAAGUUUUACAACCUGAAAGUCAUGUUGGUUGAUGGCUUUGAACACUCUUCUGAAUCCCACAUUUAUAUUCUGUCAAUGCACUUAACACUCAGGUUAAACCGAUAAAACCUUGCUUCGUGAGGCACUUCAUGAACUUUAUAUUUUUGUAAAAAGAAAAGGUAUUUUACUGUAGUAUGAUGUUUUUUUCUAAAAAUGAAUUGUGCAGGGAAAUAUCUUUUUUAAAAAUGUGUUCACUGAAUCCAGUUCAAUGAAGGACAGCUUGCUAUUUAUUCUUUGUUCUUCUUUUUAAUCUCAUAUAUCCAAUAAA